UUCCUAGUUCUCAUAGAAACAGUGCACGAAAGGUCAAAUCUACGUGAGUAAUUUCCAACUUCGAUAGUGUCGGAAGAACGCACUUUAUUUCUCCAAUUUCUUCUGUAGGCGUGUAAUAUGUAAAAACAUCAAUAGCACCAUGGGUGAUGACCACGUAAAGACAGCUCUGGAGAACUACACCACUGCCCCCUUUGACGCUCGAUUCCCGAACACAAAUCAGACCAAGAAUUGCUGGCAGAAUUACACUGAUUUCCACCGAUGCCAAAAGCUGAAGGGAGAAGAUUAUGAGCCGUGUGAGUGGUUCAAGAAGGUGUACAAGUCCAUGUGUCCAUUUGCCUGGGUAGAGACUUGGGAUGACCAGAGAGAGGCCGGAACAUGGGCAACCAAGAUUUGAUGAGAGGGAUCCGCUCAGCACCUAGGAGACCCUCCAAUCCUGCCUGCUGUUAAUUUUAGGGUACCUAAUUUUAUUCUCAGAAAAAAGAUAUUAUUUGUUGUUUGAAAAUAUCCAGGCACAUCCUUUCAGUCAAUAAGCUGCCCCAAAAAUGACCACUUUUAUAAAGGGGUCAUUUUGGGGCAUCAUCAACACUAGUGACAGGCACAGAAUGGAAUAGAAGCAAAGUGUUUCAUGGCUACAUUUUAAUAUGUGUUUGUUCCGAUUGGACAUUUAAUUCCGGUGUGAUAUUCUUAAAAGGUUUACAUAAAGACAGUAUUGUACAAACGAUAAUUAAUCACUUAACAAACACUGUGCAUGUUUUUUUUUUCUGAAUGGAAUUUUAUAAAUACUUUUAAUUGUUGCAACAGUUUGUAUGAAGCAACUUUGGCAUCCAUAUUUAGUUUAAAUAAAGGGAGAAUAUUUAACCCAUUUUGAUGAGUAACUGUUCACAAUGGGUGGUGGAAAGUCAUUGCACUAUAUUAUGAUCAGCAUGAACACUCAGCCUCGCUACCAUUGGCAAUGCGCCAAAAGUAACUGCUUUGCAUGCUGACAUUCAAGCGCUUUUCAGGUGCGUAGUACGCAAAUGUAUAUUGUAUUUUCGAUGCUACACAUUUAUAUUUACAUGUAUAUGGUCACCGUAAAUUGCAUACAGUUAUGCGUAACACUUGAUCGCAAAAGAUUGAUAGGGGUUUAUUUGCUGUAUGAAUUGAUGCGUCUUUUGACAUCACACUCUGCGUAGUCUACAGCACAAAAUAAAUCAACCACAGGACCUAUUUAGUUAUUUCAGUCACACUUCCAGGGGUUAUGAUCGAGCAAGACAUCCUUGGAAAGACAAACAUUGCACGGCGAGAGUGUACACUACUGGGAAAGAGGUUUCAUGAAUGUAGUCUUUGUAAUAAGCCAUUUGGGAGAAUUCACAGGUUUUGUUUUUUGGGAACUAAUACUUUACUGGUGUUCAUGUUACCAUAAAAUUCAUCAGAUGACCAUAAAUUUUUUGAAUUCCUAUACCAGUUUAUAAACAGGUUCUCUGUCACCAUUCAAUACAUUGUUGCCUCCGGUCAUAAACCAGAGAUGAUUGUGGCAUUCAAUCUACUAGCCCCUACUUGAUGUAGUGUAGUGUUACCAAGUUGGAUUUGAAUCAAAGACCUUGUGAAUCAAAGCAAAGGUGUUCUACCAUCAACACGAAUCGCCAAACACGUCCAGGCAUUCUGACAUGGAACAGUUCUGAUUCCAGAAGAUAGUCUUCACCGAAGAGAGUACAUACAGCAUGCCUGGUUGUUGAGGCCCUGUGGUAUUACAUCCAGCUUUGACAAGUCAAGAGAAAGGUACAUGUUCAUCUGGUACUGGGUUUGUUUAAAUUUGAUUUGAUUGAUUUGUAAUGAAGCUUGAGCUCUGGGAUUGAUUUCACAAAGUGAUUUGUGUUGUGAUACUACAUUUUGCAAAGCCAUUCAGACCUUUCUUUUGUGUGAAAUGGAGCCCAAGUUCAUCCAACAACACCCGUUAGUUCCUAGAGAUGCCAUUAGAUAUAAUAAAUGAGUUUUGAUUUGACCAGAAAA